GAAGUCAAAUCCCAUGUGGGCAGAAGCUUCCAUUAGCACUUGCAUUUUUCAAAUGUUUCAUUUUGACUAAUCCCUUUGCGUUUUAGAUCUGCCUUUGCAUUUCAAACUUCAACUUAUAUAUGUGGCUCUAUCGUCCAUCCAAAUCAAACCAAACCAAACCACACUAAAAAAUCCUUAGCAAUCUGAAAACCCAAAACAAUGUUGAGCCCUUUCAGCUGUGGCUUUUUCCACCCAGAAACAUCUGAUGAGUUCGACGAACCCAUCAUCACAAAUAGUCCUUGUUCGACUCCAAGAAGAUCAUCGGGCAGACGAAGUGGUGGUCUCAUUCAUAGAAUCCAUAACCACAACAAGGACAGCAAGAACCCGUAUUCGACUCGAGGCCUCGAUAAGUUCUCUGCCCUCAUGGCCGAUCUUGAAGAGAAACGCCAGCAGAUUUAUGCUCAAACCGGCUCUCAGGACGAUACCUUCGUUCGAUUUGUGUACAAGGACUCAAACGACAGCUCUCCUGUUCCAAUUGUGCUGAAGUUGAAGGACAAGAAGCAACAAGAGCAGAAAACCAAGCCUCCUCAUCAUCAUCAUGAAGAAAAGCAUGCAGAAGCGUUAGAUAAAUUGACCGUUAAGCCCUCAGUAGCGCCCGCCAAAGAAGUACUACCCGAGCAACAACCUAAGACCAAUACUAUUAAGAACAACAUGUUUGACUUCUUGCGGAACAUCAACUUCAGGCGACCGUCGUUUUAUCUUCCGGUGGUUGUGGUGUUGAUUUUGGUGUUGCUGGCCGUGUUUGGGCGGUCGGUGGCGAUUUUGUGUACCUCUAUCGGUUGGUAUGCAAUUCCAACACUGAAAGAAAAGAGCUUGAAUACUACAAGAAGAUCAAGAAAAGCUUCGAAGCCAAAAGAACAUGUGAAAAGGUCGAGUGAGAAUAAGACGGUGAUUGGUACUAGUGAAGGAUUGUCUUCUCCGAAAAGUGACAACAAUACCACGCCCCGAUCCCGGCAACAUGGUCACCGGAAAAGUUGGUAAUGAUGAUGCUAUUGACUUGUGAUCGACUUAGCUAGAUUUGUUUGUUCUUUCGUUUCUUAGUUCUUUUCCCUUUUUUUUCUUGGGUCAAGAUUUUGCAGCUGUGCGCAUGUACAAAUUUUUGUGUUACAAGUUCUGACUUGCAAUCUGUCUUCCAAAUGUUUGUAAAUGUAAAUUACGAGUAAUAUUAUGUUUGUAAAUGUAAAUUACGAGUAAUAUUGGUUUAGACUAAGGAUUGGUCCCUA